AUGUGUCGCGAAGUUGGUCCUCCGGGAGAUCGUCGUCCUGUGGCCCUCCCUAAGACGCGAGUCUGCGGAGUGGUGAAAAAAACGUGGAUGACAAGAAAGGGUGAAGGAGAAGGGGGGGAGGGGAAGGGUAAAAGAAGGGGGGAGCGAGGAAAAGGAAAAAAGCUCUCCAAGGCCACCGGUAAUGUUCUCUUCGCUGCCCGUGAGUUCAAGACAUGGAAGGUCAUCGAUCUCACUUUCAAGAAAGAGGUUUGA